CCGUAGGGAUUCUUGGUAAUUUUGCAAAGCAAUAUUAGGGAGAUUUAGUCGUUCGAAGCAGUAUCCUAAGUCAUUCAACGUUGUAGCUGUUUCUUUUGCAAGUCGUCUUUCUCGAAAUAUCGUUAAUGCGUAUUCAUGGCAUUUUCUCGCAGCUUCGGCAUCGCGUUGCAUGUGAACACGGAUAAGUCCGAGAGCAUUCCAGGCAUCGGCACAUUUUUGAUGAGCAGAUCCAAAUCGUACUUGGGCAUCUCGUAAGUCAAGAAGCACUUGUUUCAGGACAGGAUUGCUGCUGUUUUCAUCGUUCAAGCCUAUCAGAGGCUGCUCUUCUAGAACCGUUUUCUGAUGCAGUGAUGUUUUCUGGAACUCCAUCGGUUGCAUGGAAGACUCGAAAACUCUGUUUUGAUCAUGGGUCGUAGCGAUCAUCAUUGUUUUACGUUAUUUGAUAUGCGUUACACUUUCGUGAAGGAAUUGUCGAAUACGUUAUGAAUGCAAUACUGUAUCGUCAAAAAUUAUGUGCGGGGAAUUGGUUUUUUUUUCUCGUCGUAUUGAGAGUAAUUCUAGGCGAUCAGGUAGGUCAGAAAUAAUGAUUGGAAAGCGGUGAAGAAGUUGAAAAAUUUUGUUUCUCGUCGAGCUUCAAGUUCAACUCUGCAUAGAAAACUACAUUUUCUAAUCGUAUUUGAUAGUGAAUUGUUAGCCAUAAGGAGUACAGUAUGCUCGAACAAGACAUGAUUGUUUCAAACUGGUACUAGUACUUUUUGUGUGUCAAAAGUGAAUAACUUCAACGUUAUACUCAAUCUUUAUUUAACUCCGUUUUGUAAAUUCAAAUGAUUUUACUUAUUGAUCAGAUUUUCAAUAUAAUAGCCUCCAGAUUACUCGGACCGGGCCAGAAGAAUGAUAUCUAGUUUAUCACAGUACUCGUACGUCGACAAGCCAACUAAUCCCGCUUCUAAUACAUUCACUUAAGGGUCUCGAAUCUCGUCGUUGUACUACAAUCAACGUCACCCAAUCGUAGGAACGACGAAGACGAUUUGCCAUGCUCGUUGAUAAGGGCCAAACAGGUUUUUCAUCAAGGAGUGCGAACGAAGAAAGCGGCGGACAGAGAAACGUUUUUUGAUGGUACGAGUACGAACGAGUACCAUACAUACGAAGUACAAUGAAUGAAUGAUCCCGCGACUACAUUACAGGUACCAAGUGAACGAGACGUAUCCGUACGUGUACUACCAAGGCUGUUCAUGGCCGGAUUUUAUUCCAUAUUUGGCGUUUUGUUAGAGUUAGGGUUAACAAUAUAAUUUGGUAGGAAUCAAGCAAUCUGAUUGGCUAAUAUAGACACUGGAAGUAGAAGUACAUUAUUUUGCGUCAUUGUACGAGGUACAGAACCAUACGAUCACGUCUCGUCACAGCUUUGUCAUAAUCAUCAUAUUGUGGUGGAUCUAAAAGAACUGACGACGUUAUAGAGCUUACGAACGAUGAUGAGAAGGGCGCAUAGUAUUCUGGAAAAGUCGCAGUGGACGCAAGCACUGAAAACUUUCCGGACCAAACGGGAUCCACGCAACCUUCUUCGACCUCGUUCCAGGCUCUUCGGUACCAAGGCUGGUACUCAUGAUGAUAGUAUCAGCACGGGCAUCGAGCAACAUGUACGACCUGACAUUGCCUUUAUUUUAGAACACUACCGCAUCCAUCGACGUGAGAAAGAAGGAACGAACGGAACAUCUCGCGAAUACUUGUUGCUACCGCCGGAUGUGUACGUACCCCAAGUGAUCCAAGAUCCAAGCCUGCCAGCUGCGGCUCUAUUUGCCCACAGCAAUAUUUUGUUUGGCGCAAGAUCGUUUCACGGUUAUGAUAUGGCGGACGUUUGCUUGCCGCUGGUACGAGCCGCCCUCGAGGAAUCAGAAAUGGUAGAGCAUGGGCAGCAACCUCAGGCAGUGGCCAGCCUGACUGGGCUCUCCGAGUGGGUGGCAACGUGUUUGGAUAAUGAUAGAUACGGAGAGAGCCAGACGCUGAUGCGACUGGCUGGACACGAUGUAGCUAGUGAAAACGAGAAGAAGGGAAACUCGGUCUCUCUAGAGGCGGUUCGUGCCAUUGCAACUGGUGUACCACGUCCGGGUCACUCAGUUGUUGGUCAGGGUACAUUUCGGGAUGGGCAAGAAGCGUGGAAAGAACUCGCCAAGGAAUUCGCUGGCCUGGGGUUGUCAGAGGAAGUUAAUUUAUACGAAAAACAAGGAGGAAACCUCGUCGGCAUUGAGCACCUGGCGGACAGGAGUCCAGAUAACAUGAAAAAUGCGGGAGGGGCAAUGGCGAGACUAUUUUUCUUGUAAUGGAAGAAUUGAUGCAUUUACCAAUAGGUUUGGACGAACGCAACAGGGUUUGAAAUAAACUAAACCUUCGAAGUUGAUUUCAUUAUUUCGUUUGGGUCAAAUCACAUGAAAUUUGGUCUUAAGGAAAGUGCUUUAGCUGCCCAAGUUCUCAGGAGGACAUUCUGUGCCUACUCUCCAUAGAUAUUGACAUUGAGAUUCUUGGUCUCACGUCGCAUUCUGGUUGGUGGUAGCUUAAAGGUGAUACACUAACCAGAAGCAGGAGUGGAGAGGUUGGAACUCCCAUGUCUGCCGGUUUCGUUGAUCAAUUCAAAUUGGAUCAUUGCAUAUUUCGUUAGUGUUAAAGAUAUUUCUUCGCUUGUUUUCUUGAUCGAUGACAGAAGCGAUUGCUUCACUACUAUUGGCCAAGAAGAAGUCUACUAGUACUCUAGAAGUAGAUCAUGGUAAGUAGUUGCAUGAGUACUAGCAGUAAGAAGCGCAUAAAUUGGUAGGGGAGAGGCAUCCAUGAGUAAAACAAGGAGAGUAUCAAUCAUUAUCACAAAACCACCUCAAUAUUUUUUGUUGUCAUUUUCCGUAAAAUGCUAGCAGUUUUGGAUGAAAGGGAAAACUAUACUUCCGAGCAUGGAUUGUAUUUUCAUGUAUUAAUAACCAUCCUUUGGUUUUACUGCUGCGCAAAUUGUUACGAAAGUGAAGAAGUGAUUUGUGUUCAAGGCUUCGGCAUUUAUAUGCAAACGCUAUUGUAUUUUUCCAAGAACUUCUGGAAUUGGAACAUAACAUUAUAGUUGGAUCAUUCGUAUUUUUCUUAAAUUCUAAAUAUUAGGCAGCGGUAGACACCAGGGUCAUUUAUCCAGUGAAUAAUACUGCCAUUGCAUUCCUAACCGUGAUACAACCCUGCAGUUCAUCCAGACAGCACGGCAUUUGUCAAACCAAGUCCGACAUCGUUCAUAACUUUGUGGAACGUUUUGUUUCUCGUCGUGAUCAAUGCUAUCAUGGUAUAAAUUUUCUUGAAGGCAUUAGAUCUUGAUUCCCUGGAACCUGUUUUCUUCUCGGGCUUCGUCCCAAUUCUCGAUCCAAGCAUCGGGACAGAUGCUGGUGGAGUAUUGUCUGUAAACCUGGCACUUGUCGUCGGCAUCGUCCCCACUCUGCUUCAAGCAAACCAACCAUUCAUUGUAGCGAUUCCAACAGUGGAGGGCCUGGUUCUGAGCGGGGAAUCGUGCAUCACGGGGGGUGGUGCGAACAUUCUUGACCUGGUGCAAGAGAUCUUCCUGCUUCU